AUGGGCAAGAAGCGCGUCCUAGUCAGCUACGGCGUCGACAUCGACGCCGUCGCCGGUUGGCUCGGCUCAUACGGCGGCGAAGAUAGCGUCAGCGACAUAAGUCGAGGACUCUGGGCCGGCCACAUCGGCACCCCGCGCCUGCUAAAACUCUUCGAAAAAUACAACAUAAAAGCAACCUGGUUCAUACCAGGCCACUCCCUCGAAACAUUCCCGACCGAAUGCGCCGCCGUCCGCGACGCAGGCCACGAAAUCGGACUACACGGGUACUCGCACGAGAAUCCCGCCGCCAUGAGCGAAGAACAGCAGCGCGAUAUCCUGAGACAAAACCUACAACAUGCUGACCGAGUUUUGCGGCAAGCCGCCGCGUGGUGUGGUUGCGCCGUGUACGAUCAUUCGAUGUCUCAUGAGGACUGUCAGAUGUACUGGUUACGAACGGGUGACUCGUGGACUAAGAUUGAUUAUAGCCAGAAGGCGGAGACGUGGAUGAAGCCACUGGUGAGGGGCCAGAUGACUGGGUUGGUGGAGAUUCCGGGGAGUUGGUAUAUUGAUGAUUUGCCGCCGAUGAUGUUUAUCAAGAAUUCGGCAAAUAGUCAUGGGUGGGUUAAUCCGCGUGAUGUGGAGGAUAUUUGGAAGGAUCACUUUGACUAUUUUUAUCGUGAGUAUGAUGAGUUUGUCUUUCCUAUGACGAUUCAUCCGGAUGUUUUGGGGAGACCUCAUGUGCUCCUUAUGCAUGAAAGGAUCAUCGAGUACAUCAACAAGCAUGAGGGUGUAGAGUGGGUGACAAUGGAACAAAUGUGUGAUGAGUUCAAGAAGAAGAAUGAGCCUCCCGCGGGGGCUUUGAUGCCUGCUCUUAGCAAAAAGCAAUAA